CUCCAGAAAAGGCAAAGAUCUGGUGUCUGCGGGUAGCUCUGUGGAAAAAACAGAACGACCCGUAUGCAGGUGACUUCGACAAAGGGCUGGAGGAAGCGAAAUUGCUACAAAGGGGACGUAGGGCUCUGAGCGCCUUUGAAAACAGCAAAUAUGAUGAAAUGAAGAGAAAAAAGCGUGGCACGGUGGACGUAAGGCAGAUUGCACCUGCGGACAUCACGCGUCCCCUGACUGGGUUCAGGACACGGCAGGAGUACCGCACACUGACGGUGGCGCAAAGGAAUCGAUUGCAUGCCGCGUUGAAUGAGGUCUACCAGGACGGGACGAUGACCUGCUUUGCUCUCGUGCACAGGAACGCCCUAAUAGAUGGCGGAGCCCACGGAGGUGGCGCAUUCCUACCCUGGCACAGGGUCUUUUUAGCCCUGUUUGAAGAAGCUCUGAGACAGAAAGACCCUAGUGUGUCCCUGCCAUAUUGGGACAGUACCUUAGAUGACAAUAUGGCGGCGGGACCUGGCUUCUCCGUUAUGUGGGACAACGCACACUUGGGUCCUGGCACGGGGACAGUGGACGCAGGGCCUUUCGCCGGCUGGAACACCGCCGAGGGUCCUCUGCAGAGGGCCGUGGCUCGGGGAAAUGGGAACCUCGUGCGUCAGGAUAGGAUUAACACCCUGUUAAACAGUUGUCUAUUGGAUGAAUUCACUGAUCCGUGGGAGAGUACACACGACUCAGUUCAUGUUUGGGUAGGCGGCACAAUGGAACGGUCAUUUGCUGCCUCUGAUCCCGUGUUUUACAUGCAUCACGCAUUCGUAGAUUACAUCUGGGAGAGAUUCCGACAGCGUCAACGCACCGCCUGUGGAGUGGAUCCGGCGACAGACUACCCACCUGAUCGACCAGAUUCGCCGGAUCACAGCGGGGCCAACCCGAUGGUGGGAAUGGACUUUUUGAGGAACAGAGACGGCAUCGCUGAUUACUGGAUUAACAACUGGUUUAAUUAUACGGACUCUCCCACGUGCGCUAAUAACUGCGGUAACAGCGAAGACCUGUAUUGUGACACUGCUAUAAAUCGUUGCGUGUCGGACUCGCGCUUUGAUUUUGGCAAUCCCGUGAGCACAACUCCUAUGCCGGGUUCGACAACGUCCAUGGCGGGUUCGACAACAUCCAUGCCGGGCUUUACUACAUCCACUCCACAAACAGCAACAAGUACAACACGAACAACACCAUCCACAACACGUUCAUCGACACCCACUUCGCAAACAACAACUCGACUAACAACAACAACAACCACAUCACGAACAACGACUACCACAACACCAAUAUCAACUCCAACAACACGCACGGCCACAGUCACACCACGGACGCAAGCACUCACGUCACGUACAACAACGUCUAUGUGGACAGAUUCAACAUUAAGUUCGUUGUCUUCCAGUCUCACGGACCUCAUACCUCCCCCGCUCGAUGAUAACCACACUGACCGCCGUCCUAGAAGCUCGGACCAAGGGUUCUAUAGCCAGAAGGUCAAGGACGGUCAGAAGCCAUACGAAGGCAAAUGCUCCAAUGAUCCGUACGAAACAUCCUGCGCCAAGCGACCAAUGCCAGCUACUCCUGACGAGGUGGUGAAUGCAAUAUCGCGCAACGAGCUUCCAAUGUCGCCCUCGAUGAAAGCCGUGUAUGAUGCCAUUGCAAAGGAGUUGAAAAGAUCUGAACGGUUCCCGCCGGAAAGCGAGCAACAGUGGUUCCACAUGAGGCCGGAUGAAGAGAACGACUGUCGCUGCCUGAACAAGUUUAUUCGAGAUCCGCUUGAAGCCUACGUGAAGGAUGGCAGACAACUCAAUAGAUAUGGGCCAAAGAUUUCGCAGUCACCAUAAACAGCUUAACAAAGCUUACGUAAUUUUGGACUUUCUUAGCAAGUACCUUGUUAUCUUAAUUGAUGAUAUGCUAAAGAAUCUUUGUCAUUUAUUAAGUGAUAAUCGUGCAAAACGUGUUAAAAAUCAGGUGUUUCUACCACAUAUAUGAUUGCAUAUUAUGAAUAUUCUACGG